AUGACAACAACAUGCCCAUUCACCAACCCCCAAACCCUCUUCGCAGAUCUAAAACAUGAACGAGAACAGUCCUCCAUAGAAUACAGCCCGGCCCUGAAUAGCUACAUCGUAACCCGAUAUGACGACAUCCUGUCCAUCCUCUCACACCCAGAAACAUUCACAUCAAAAGACACCACAGUCCCACCCUUCCCACCACCCGUAAAGGCUCUGUUCGCAAACCGCGUCCCCGAAGGCGGCACAUUACUAGGCUGGGAUAACCCAGACCACGACCGACUACGCUCCGCCGUAAGCGGGUUCUUCAUUCCACGGAAGCUAAAGCGGUUCCGGCCGCUGAUGUGUGAUCUGGCGCAUGAGCUUGUCGAUGGGUUUGUUGCGGACGGGGAGGUUGAAAUUAAAUCUGCUUUUGCGCUGCCUCUGCCGCUGAAGUCGAUUGUUACCAUUGCGGGGCUUGAUACGAGCAGGUGGGAGUGGAUUGGGCGCUGCUUGGCGUUAUUCGGGGGUAUUACGGCUCCAAAGAAGGACGCCAGUAUUGAGAGCCAGGUCCAGGAUGUACUGGAUUUGCAUGACUAUAUUGCGGAGGUUAUUCAGGAGAGGAGGUACGACCGACGAGAUGACCUGGUUAGUUAUAUAUGGGACCAGCGAGACGCGGGCGUGCAGAUGACGGACUUUGAGCACCUGUCUAUGAUACCUGGGCUGUUACUUGCUGGUCAUGAAACAACGACUAGUGUUCUCUCGAUGGGACUCUCCCAUCUUCUACACAAUGGUCUCUGGGACGCAGCAACGGAGAACAAAACAGCCUCCGCUCAAGCCAUCGAGGAACUCCUCCGCUACGAGUCCGCGAUAACAGGCAUGUACCGCCUCGUCCAGAAGGAGACGAUAAUCGGCUCUUGCACCCUCAAUCCAGGAGAUCGCGUAUUCCUGGCUUACAGCUCCGGAAGCCGAGACGAGUCUGUCUUUGAAUGCCCCGAGCAACUGCGCCUGCAGCGCAAAUUCUCCAAGCAGCAUCUCGGAUUCGGGCGCGGGAGCCAUGCGUGUCUGGGGGCGCCGCUGGCGAGGUUACUCCUCAAGACUGAAUUCGGGGUUUUGCGCGAGCGGUUGCAGAAUUUGCGUCUUGUUACUCCGUACGAGGAUAUUGUAUAUGAGAAGGUUGGGCCCAGUCGAGGCGUUGAGAGGGUGGUUGUUGCGUGGGAUCCUCCUAGCGGUCCUUGGGCGAGGACUGUUCAAGUUCAAAAGACGAAACCCCAGGGACAGAAUACCAGUGAAAACGCGACUAUCCAGGCAGUGGUGAAACAACUGUCCUUCCUAACAGAGGAAAUCCUAGAAGUGAUGCUCUGUUCAAAGACCGGGGGUUCAAUACCGCACUGGGAACCGGGAUCGCAUAUCGAUAUCCUCAGCGAGCACGGCUAUAGACAGUACUCGCUCUGUUCGGAUCCCCAAGACAAAACCCAUUGGAAGGUCACCAUUCUCCGAGAAGACACCGGCUCAGGCGGAUCGAGAUGGUUCCAUGAGAAUCUACACGAAGGCGCAGAAGUAACAGUCCGCAAACCGCGAAACCAUUUCCGCUUGAAGAACAGUAGCAGAUACGUCUUUAUUGCUGGAGGGAUAGGAAUCACGCCGCUGAAGCCUAUGCUCGAGCAGGCGAAGCGCCAGGGCGCGACGUACCGGUUAAUCUACCUCGGUCGAUCGCGGAAGACAAUGGCAUAUCUCGAUGACCUAGUGCGUAGUCAUCCUGUGGAUAUCUGGGCUCGCGAUGAGGGGAACAGGUUUAAUCUUGAGAGAUUUGUUGAGGUGCAGGACGAGGCUGUUCAAGUAUACUGCUGUGGCCCUGAACGACUGCUCUCGUCUCUGGAAGAAGUCUGCAAAUGUAAUCCUCUUAUCGAACUGCAUAUUGAGAGGUUCCAGGCGCUGUCAAGCCAGAAUUUCCUGCCGAAUCGAUCCUUCGAUGUCGUCCUUAGUCGCAGUGGGCGGACGGUCACUGUCCAUCCUGAGAAGACCCUGCUCGAGACCCUCAAUGAUAAUGGGUGCGGCAUCAUGUCUACCUGCUCGAAAGGCACGUGUGGGACGUGCGAGGUGUCGGUUCUCGAGGGCAUUCCGGAGCACAGAGAUACUGUUUUGUCGCUGGAGGAGAAGGGCGAGAAUGGCGUCAUGAUGCCCUGUGUUUCACGCAGUGUUGGCGAGAGGUUGGUUCUGGAUCUUUGGUGA